AUGAAAACAGAAGAUAUUUGGGAAAGAUUGUUUGAGGCAGAUAAUAUGGUUGUGGUUUCAAUGGGAAUUUCAAAAGAGUUGUUGGGUCGAUUGCAGAUACUCCAGCAAAGUUUGAAUACCUUUACUUUGGGUGAAAAGGUCAGAUUGCUUGAUAAAGAGCUAAAAGAAUCUGAGUUUCUGCUGCUGAAUGCAAAGUAUUCUGCAAAUGUGUCCAAUAUGGAGAUUAAUGAAGAGCUGGGCCUUCUUAAGAGUGGUGCCGGUGCCUCUGACAAGGUUGAUUCCCUUGAGAGGCAGUUAAGAGAGUCUGAUCUUCAGCUACAAUGUGCAAUCACAUAUGCCAAAGCUAGUCAAGAGAAGCAAAACCUUCUGUAUUCUACAAUAGUUGAGCAGUGA